GUGUAAGUCAGUAAAAAGGAAGGUUUGUAUUCUUUAUUUACAUGCAUAUUGUUCAUUGGUGUUAUGAGCUAUAUUUUUAACAACAUCUAUCUAUUUAUGAAAUACGGUUUUAAAAUUUCUUUAUUGUAGUCAGAUUAAAUACUAUUUUGAAUUUCCCGCUUCAUGUAAACUUUCUUUCAAAGUGAAAAUAGAGUUACUCCCCUUUGAAUAUACCAUGUUUCACUUUAGCCGGUUUAGGAACACUUCUGCAUUGCUGUAUUUACAUAUAACUACAACUGUCUUCAGGUGUGUCUCAACGAUGUCUGGAACAAUGAGAGCUGUAAACUUUGAACCCGGUGGUCCAGAGAAUCUACGGAUAGGAUCAGUGCCCGUUCCAAAACUCCGAGAGAAAGAAGUACUCCUGAAAGUGUAUGCCACAGCAAUCAACAGGGCUGAUACUCUGCAGAGGAAAGGUCUUUACCCCCCACCCCCUGGGGAGUCGGACAUCCUCGGACUGGAGGCCGUGGGAAUAGUAGAGAAGUUAGGAUCGGGAUGUGUCAAGACAUGGAAGAUCGGGGACCGAGUUAUGGUGCUGCUCCCAGGUGGGGGUAAUGCUGAGUUUGUGGCAAGCAGAGAGGAGCUGUUGAUGCCUGUCCCAGACAACAUGGAGUUCAACCAGGCAGCAGCCAUACCUGAGGUCUGGCUCACAGCAUUCCAGCUUUUAUUUCUUGUUGGCAAAGUGAAGAAGAAUGACACGGUGCUGAUACACGCCGGUGGUAGCGGGGUGGGAACCGCCGCGGUGCAGCUCUGUCGACAGUUCGGAGCCCGCGCCAUUGUGGUGGCCGGAUCUCAAGAGAAGAUCGACUUUGCAAAAUCUUUGGGGGCAGAAGAAGGCUUUAAUUACAAGGAGUCAAUGUUUGAGCCAAAAGUUCUGAAACACACUGAUGGGAAGGGAGUAGACCUGAUAUUGGACUGUGUGGGAGGAUCUUUCUUCAGCCAGAACAUCAACUCCAUAGCUACAGAGGGUACAUGGGUCGUGUAUGGCCUCAUGGGUGGGAGGACAAUAGAUACAGGAGAUCAUUUAGGCAAAAUCCUACAGAAGAGGAUCACCAUAGUGGGGUCCACACUGAGGGCCAGGUCAAUACAGUAUAAGGAAUCUCUGAUAGCUGAUUUUACACAGCGGGCCCUGCCCCACUUCAGCAGUGGCGAGUUCCGGCCCAUCAUUGACACCACCCUCCCUCUGGACAGUAUCCAGGAGGCCCACACCCUGAUGGAGUCCAACAAGACCACUGGCAAAAUCGUCCUCCAGGUCAGGGACCAGGUCAAGGACGAACUCUAGUGAACUCAGUAAUCAUAGACUGAUCUCAAGUAGAGGAGAACUCUUGGUCACUCAUUAAUCUGUGAAUCGUGAAUUAAGUGAUCGCAGAAUUAAGAAUGGGAUCAGGGACUGGGCAGCGCCACACAGACUACAGUUUAUAGACAAUGUAUUAAGAUAAGGUGCACUUGUUUGUUGAUUUCUUACAUUAAUAAAGUUAACCUAUUUUUUUUUA